ACACGGAGCUUCGAGCAUCUGGUCGUCGUCAUCAUCAUCAUCAUCACCAUCAUCAUCAGCGGCGGCAGCAGCAGCAGCAGCUCUUCCUGCUCACUCAGAUGUGACUCAACCAGAGUGAGAAGAGAGCUGCUUCUCCUCAGAGGACGUCUUUGAGACUUUUCUCUCUCAGCAGCGGGACAAGCUGAUAUUUUUCCUCGUGUGCCGGUGACGCGCGCCGCUGGAUGGAUUGUCUGUGAGGGUUUGGCCGGGGGAAAAAGAGAAAAAGAGAGAAAGGCAGGCGAGGAGAAAACUUUGGAGAAGUUUGCUCGAGCCCUGCGCGGCUGAUCUGGAUGUGAACAGACCCGCGGUCCGCUUUGGAAGAACCGAGUCUCACUCGGGCUGGUUUCUGGAGCUCGCGCGCUCUGCACGCACGGAUCUUUUUUCUGCUCGGUUGUUGAUUUCUUCUCUUUCUUCUCAUCAGCCACUCCGUUUUUUCUUCUUCUUCCAAAAGUAGUUUUUUCUUCUUCUUCCUUUAACGCUUGCGUCAUGACUUCUAGCUAUGCACAUGGAAUGGACAGGCAAACCUCGCUAUCAAACCGGCUGGAGAGUCCGAUCACGUCGAACCUGGACAACCUGCAAGCCAAGAAGAACUUCUCGGUCAGCCACCUGUUGGAUCUGGAAGAAGCCGGGGAAAUGGCCGGCACUCAGGCGGACGAGAGCGUCGGGGAGGCGGGGAGGAGUAUGCUGGAGUCCCCGGGGCUGACGAGCGGGAGCGACACGACCCAGCAGGAGAAUGAACAGAUGAACACGGAGGAGAAGAAGAAGAGGAAGCAGCGCAGGAACAGGACCACCUUCAACAGCAGCCAGCUCCAGGCUCUGGAGAGAGUGUUUGAGAGGACACACUACCCCGACGCCUUCGUCAGAGAGGACCUGGCCCGCCGGGUCAACCUCACCGAGGCCAGAGUCCAGGUCUGGUUUCAGAACAGGAGAGCUAAAUUCCGCAGGAACGAGCGCGCCAUGCUGGCCAGCAAAAACGCCUCGCUCCUCAAAUCGUACUCGGGCGACGUGACGGCGGUGGAGCAGCCGAUCGUCCCGCGCCCGGCGCCACGCCCAAACGACUACCUGUCCUGGGGCAGCGCCGCCCCCUACAGUCCCAUCGCUCCCCUCUGUCAGCAUGAGCAGGGCGGGACCAGAUCCUGUGACCCUCCUGACGAGCUGGUAUCCGAUGCCGGAAGGAGGGCCAGUGCGAGUGCCACAGAAAAUGCUGCCCUCAGAGAACAACUGCGGCUCAUGCUGAGCUUCAGCUCGCUGUCAGCCACAGGUGAUGUAACCUUCCCCCCCCCUCCUCUUGUCUCGCAGCGCCGUGGCCACCUACCCGCCCACCUGCUCCAACACCAACACGUCCCAGGGCAUGAACAUGGCCAACAGCAUCGCCAACCUGCGGCUCAAAGCCAAGGAGUACAGCUUGAACCAGGUGCCCACGGUGAACUGAGAGGAGGAGGAGGAGGAGGAGGAGGAGGAGCGGCUUGGGACUGGCGCAGGAGGGGAGGGGAACCUCCCUGCCGCUGGACCCCCGCGGACGGACACCGUCUCUGGGUUGAGCAUCAUCUUACAUACCCUGGAUCAUGAGGGCCCUCCCACACCCCCCCACCCAUCCCUUUUUUGGAGCAGCCUCGAUGGCGAUACAAAACCUAUAUGCAAAUUGUUGGACACCGAGUGAUGGCAGGAUUUCCACCUGAAUCGCCUUUCUACAUUUUUUUUAUUAUUCUCCUGAGCAUCACCAAACUCUCAUUUGUACAAAAAAAAAAGACACCAAGACUGGAUGCUAUAGUCGCAUAUCUGCAUAGUUUUACAUUUGUGAUGUGGAGGGAGAGUUUUUUUAAAGAUCUUUUUGUUUUCAAUCAGAGAACUUGUUCUCGACGGAGACCCAUGUACGGACUACGUGGAAUUCCCUUCGUCCCUUCGGCUGUGGUGUUGGAUAAAAAUGCAGACCACAUUUGGGAUCGACACUCUUUUAAAACAACAAUCAACCGAUAAGGACAUCCUCUGACAUUUAUGCAAUUCUUUUAAUUAAGAGAGAGUUUUGCCUCUCCACAUUUCUUUCCAUGUUAUACCACUGACGAGCAAACAUUUCCAACGCAUUUUGAUUUUCAUGUAAUAGUCCAAUAUAAAGGAGAGGCUAAUGUAUUUCUGAAUCCAAAACCAUCUCUUAAUUUCCUAUGAUAUCCUUUAUUUGUAACAGAAUAAAAAACGUGUAUAUUAAUAAAAAAUGCAUUUCAAGCAAUGCAAUGCCA